AUAGACGCGCUUGCAACGUCUGUCCAGCCCGGGAACUUCUUUCAAGCACUGAAGGUUUUAUCCACGCGGGUUCUUUGCUGCUGUGAGUGGCAACUCCCGCAAUGCUCUUCUACUCCUUCUUCAAAUCCCUGGUAGGGAAGGACGUGGUGGUUGAGCUGAAGAACGACUUGAGUAUAUGUGGAACUCUGCACUCUGUGGAUCAGUACCUGAAUAUCAAACUCACAGACAUUAGUGUGACAGACCCAGAGAAAUAUCCUCAUAUGUUGUCUGUCAAGAACUGCUUCAUUCGCGGCUCAGUCGUCCGCUAUGUCCAGCUUCCGGCCGACGAGGUUGACACGCAACUCCUGCAGGAUGCUGCACGGAAGGAGGCCCUCCAGCAGAAGCAGUGAUGGUUCUGUUGUCUUCUUUUGUGCUGCCUGGUCCCCUCCCCGGAAAAGCGUUGGAGACAGUGUGGGCAAGAUUCUUUGGGAGAGAACCUUGAAAUAUUUUGUGUCUGUCUUAGUUUUGUCCCUGUUCAGAAAGAGCGGGUAGCGUGCUUGUGUGCCUGUUUCUUGGACCUACCAGAAGAACCAAAUUUUCUAUCUUACUUUCAAAUAGGGUUAUACAUUGUUCGGUCCUGUGGCUUUGUUAGGCACAUAGAAGCCCUUGCUGAAAAAUGGCAGUAAAAAGAUUAGAGAGCCUGGAGCAUGAUUUGUUUUCCUAGAUCUUCCCAUUCCAAGCAUUUGACCCCCAUUGUCUUCAUGGCACUGUUAAAUGAUGGGAGAGAGACUUCUUGGGGCAGAGUGUCCAAUAUUCCAUUUUCCUAUUUUUUAAAAAAGCUCAUUUUUCUAUACUGUGCUUACAAGCAACAGAAUGUGCACUCUGUCCAUUUGCCACUGGCCUUUUCUAGAGAUCUACUGAAGGUGUGUGUCUUACACUUUUGGGGGGUAUUUUCGCCUGCAUUUGACCAGCACAAAUCUUGCUUUUAUUUAUAUUCCAAACAGGUACCAAAAAGUCCUGAAAACUCCCAAGACACUCAUGUGUCAAUUACUUCUGUUCUGUAAACUAUAAUUCAGUCUGUAAUUCAGGGCUCUCUGAGGGGUACUAAGGAUUAAUAAUUUCUAUUUGUGUUAUUUUUGGCCAACAGAGCAUGUUCUGCGGUCAGUUUCUCUAAUCUUCAAAAUGAAGCCCCACCCCCGUUCUGGAUCUUCAGAGGUUUUGAGGCCAUGAAAAAUGAAAUGUGUUCAUUUUUGUGUUUCUGAUCUUUUGUUACCUAUAAACAUCACAAGAGUAUGUGGCUAUUUUUUUACGUGGAUCUCUAAAACUUGUGUAUAAAACUGUAAAAGAAUAAAAUGUUGAAAGUUUGUGA